AUGAGGCGGCUAAAAUCGCCUUUAUGGCAAAUGCUAUUAUUAGCAUCCGUUCUUUUUGUAACAAUUAAUGUCGUCGAUUCACAACAAGCUUGUCGUGACUGUACUAAUAGAGGAUGCUUCUGUGUAGGAGAAAAGGGUUCUAUGGGAUCACCUGGCCCUCAAGGACCACCUGGAGCUCAGGGUAUUCGUGGAUUCCCAGGACCAGAAGGCUUAGCUGGACCUAAGGGACAAAAAGGAUCCCAAGGGCCUCCAGGACCACAAGGAUCUAAGGGAGACCGCGGUUUAGUCGGUGUUCCUGGAUUCCCCGGAAACGAUGGAAAGAACGGACUUGCCGGAGAACCUGGACCACCAGGAGCUCCUGGUUGGGACGGUUGUAACGGAACUGAUGGAGCCCCCGGUAUUCCCGGUCAAUCUGGUCCACCAGGUAUGCCAGGUUUCCCCGGACCUCCAGGUUUACCUGGAACUAAGGGAGAGCCUGCUAUCGGAUAUGCUGGAGCUCCCGGAGAGAAGGGAGACUCUGGAAUGCCAGGUAUGCCCGGACUUCCUGGACCCCCAGGACGUGAUGGUUACCCCGGAGACAAAGGAGACAGAGGAGAUAUCGGAGCUGCUGGUCCACGUGGACCUCCAGGAGAACUUGGUAUGCCUGGUAACCCAGGUAUCGGUACUGUUGGACCCAAAGGAGAUCCUGGAGAUAUGGGCCCCCCCGGACCACCUGGUCCACCCGGUCCUCGCGAAUUCACAGGCAGCGGUUCGAUAGUCGGACCUCGAGGCAACCCAGGAGAUAAAGGAGACAAGGGAGAUCCAGGACCAAGGGGACCACCGGGACCCCCGGGUCCGAUCGCUUCCACCAUGGCCAAGGGAACCAUUGUUGGUCCCAAGGGUGACCUUGGAGAGAAGGGAGAGAAGGGAGACCCAGGAGAGGCUGGUAAUAGAGGUUUCCCUGGAGCUCCAGGAAUCCCAGGACAACCUGGCCUUCCAGGAAUGAAAGGAGAAAAGGGAUUAUCUGGACCUGCUGGACCAAGAGGAAAAGAAGGACGCCCAGGAAACCCAGGUCCACCUGGAUUCAAGGGAGAUCGUGGAUUAGAUGGAACCGCUGGUUUCCCAGGACUUCCAGGACAAAAGGGAGAAGCUGGAUACCCCGGACGCGACGGACCAAAAGGAAAUCUCGGACCCCCAGGACCUCCUGGAGGUGGAUCAUUCAGUGAUGGGCCUCCAGGACCUUCUGGUCUUCAAGGACGUCCCGGAAACCCAGGACCUCCUGGUCAAGAUGGUUAUCCUGGUGCUCCAGGUCCUCAGGGACCUCAAGGACCUCAAGGUGGACCUGGACUUCCAGGUCUUCCUGGUCUUGAAGGAAUGCCUGGACCAAAAGGAGAUAAGGGAGAUUCCGGUUUACCCGGAGCUCCUGGACUCCCUGGUCCAAAUGGAUUGCCUGGCCUGAACGGACCUAAAGGAGAAGCCGGUUAUCGUGGAACUCCUGGUAACAGUAUCCCAGGUCUUCCUGGAAAAGACGGAAAGCCUGGUCUUCCUGGUCUUCCCGGUCGUAAAGGAGAAACUGGACUUUCUGGAGUUCGAGGACCACCCGGAGAUUCUCUCAAUGGGUUACCUGGAGCUCCUGGACCACGUGGUCCUCAAGGACCUAAAGGUUACGACGGACGCGAUGGAUCUCCCGGACUUCCUGGUCUCCCAGGUCACAAGGGAGAGAAAGGAGGAACCUGUUCCGUUUGCGCACCUGGUGCUAAGGGAGAAAAAGGAAAUGGUGGAUACCCUGGUCAGCCAGGACGUCAAGGAGAACGUGGACUUCCCGGCCUUCCUGGACCUGAAGGAGAACCUGGAGAUGAUGGUUUAACAGGAGCACCUGGACGACCUGGAGCACCUGGACCAUCUGGUCUUGAUGGACUCCCAGGACCUCAAGGACAAAAGGGAGAACCUACCCAAUUAACUCUCCGUCCCGGACCCCCCGGAUACCCUGGUCAGAAAGGAGAAUCUGGUUUCCCUGGACUCCCCGGUCAAGAAGGACUUCCUGGCACCCCAGGACCACAUGGCCCAUCUGGAUCUCCUGGUUUCCCUGGCGAAAAGGGAGAACCUGGAUUCCCUGGAUUACCAGGAAAACCCGGAAAUGAUGGAUUACCUGGCCUUCCUGGAGUUAAAGGAGAAGCCGGUUUUGGACAGCCAGGACUCCCUGGACUUCCAGGACCUAAAGGAGAAGCUGGUCUUCCUGGACUCCCUGGAACCCCUGGUGGUCAAGGUCUUCCUGGAUUACCUGCUCCUGAAUCACAAGUAGAACGUGCUCCUCCUGGACCACCUGGUUUGCCAGGUCCUCAAGGAAAGAAAGGAAUGGAUGGAUUACCUGGACGUCCUGGAGAAUUAGGACCCUCUGGUCUACCUGGUUUACCAGGAUCUAAGGGAGAGUCCGGACUUCCUGGACAGCCCGGAUUACCUGGUCAAUCUGGCAUCCCCGGAGACAAAGGAUUCGCUGGAGUCCCUGGUCUUCCCGGAAUCCCAGGACCAAAAGGAGAUCUUGGACAACCCGGACUUCCUGGAAUCCCUGGACAAAAGGGAGAAGCUGGACGUUCUGUUACCGGUGCUCCCGGAGCCCCAGGCUUCCCUGGUCUCAAAGGAGACGCGGGACUUCCUGGUCAACCCGGAUUACCAGGACUUGAAGGACAACGUGGAUUCCCUGGAACUCCAGGUGUCAAGGGAGACAAUGGACUUUCUGGCGCUUCAGGAGCACCAGGAUAUCCUGGCCAGAAAGGAGACCUUGGAUUGCCCGGAAUUCCUGGAAAGGAAGGACCGGUGGGACCACCAGGACAAGAUGGACUUCCAGGCUUACCUGGACUUAAAGGAGAAUUGGGAGUUCCUGGCUUCCCAGGCCAAAAGGGACUUCCUGGAAUUCCUGGAGUUCCUGGAAACAAAGGAGACUACGGUCUUCCUGGUUUACCUGGAGCAAACGGUCCUAAAGGAAAUGCUGGUCUUUCUGGUAUGCCUGGUCUUCCUGGAUCUAAGGGUCAAGGUGGUCUUCCCGGAGCCCCAGGAAGAGAUGGAUUACCCGGCAUUCCCGGAAUCAAAGGAGAACGCGGUUACAAUGGAAUGCCAGGAGAAAAGGGAGAAGCCGGUCCAGCAGCUCAAGAUGGACAAAAGGGAGAAACUGGACUUCCUGGACAGCCUGGUCUACGUGGACCAUCUGGACCAUCCGGUUUACCUGGAAUUCCUGGACUUAAGGGAGACGCUGGUUUACCCGGAUAUGGAGCCCCUGGAAUGCCAGGAGAGAAAGGAUUACCUGGUAUUCCAGGAAAACAAGGAAGACCAGGAGCCCCAGGUUCCCCUGGACAAGAUGGACUCCCCGGAUUCCCUGGCCUCAAGGGAGAAGCUGGUUAUCCUGGUCAAGAUGGUUAUCCUGGCAAAGACGGUCUUCCCGGACUUCCUGGACUGAAAGGAGAAGCUGGACUUCCUGGCUCUCCAGGUCUACCAGGAGCCCCAGGUCAAGAAGGCCCUAUGGGAGUACCUGGAAUUCGCGGAGACAAGGGACAAGCUGGAUUACCAGGAGUCCCAGGAGAACGUGGAUUUGAUGGUAUCCCAGGAUUGAAAGGAGAUGCUGGUUUCCCAGGACAGCCUGGAUUACCAGGAAUUCCCGGAUCUAAGGGAGACGCCGGAGCACCAGGAUUCCCUGGACUCAAGGGUGCACCCGGUUAUCCCGGUCAAGAUGGUCUUCCUGGAGUACCCGGUGCUCCAGGACGAGAAGGACAACCUGGAUACCCAGGAGAAAAAGGAUUGGCAGGCUUACCUGGUUUGCCUGGUGCUCCUGGGCAAUCUAUUCCAGGCCCACAAGGACCAGUAGGAAACCCCGGAUUCCCCGGAAAGGAUGGGCUUCCUGGCAUUCCAGGACCUAAAGGAGAACGUGGACAAGGCGGUUAUCCCGGAGCUCCCGGACUUAAAGGUGAAACUGGAACACCUGGAAUUCCUGGAAAACGUGGUAACGAUGGAUUACCAGGAUUACCUGGUAAAGAUGGUCUUCCUGGAUUACCAGGAUUGAAGGGAGAAGGAGGAUUGAACGGACCACAAGGACCUCCCGGAAUGAAUGGACUUCCUGGACUUAAAGGAGAAAUGGGACAUCCUGGAUUACCAGGACGUGAAGCUACUCCUGGACUUCCUGGUGUUCCUGGAAUUCGUGGAGAGAAGGGUCUUCCUGGACUCGAUGGGCCACCAGGUCUAGAUGGUCCUUCCGGAUUACCUGGCCAGAGAGGAAACGAUGGAUUCCCAGGACAACCAGGUCUACCUGGUGAGAAGGGUAUGACUGGUUUGCCAGGAUUCCCCGGUCUUGAUGGAGCUCCUGGAGGUGUUGGACAACCUGGUCUCCCUGGACCCCCAGGACCCGCUGGACCAUCAUACAGAGAUGGCUUCCUUCUUGUCAAGCAUUCCCAAACAACAGAAACACCUAAAUGUCCUGCAGGAUUUACCAAACUUUGGGAUGGAUAUUCACUUCUUUAUAUUGAAGGAAAUGAGAAAUCACAUAAUCAAGAUCUUGGACAUGCUGGUUCUUGUCUCCAGAGAUUCUCCACCAUGCCAUUCCUCUUCUGCGAUUUCAACAACGUUUGCAAUUACGCUUCUCGUAAUGACAAGUCCUACUGGCUUUCCACUACUGCUCCAAUUCCAAUGAUGCCAGUCUCAGAACAGGCUAUAGAACCAUACAUCUCCAGAUGCACAGUUUGUGAGGCUCCAGCCAACGUCAUUUCUGUUCACUCUCAAACUAUUCAAAUUCCAAGCUGUCCUGCUGGCUGGAAUAGUUUAUGGAUCGGAUAUUCCUUUGCUAUGCACACCGGAGCCGGAGCUGAAGGCGGAGGACAAUCCCUCAGUUCUCCUGGAUCUUGUCUCGAAGACUUCCGAGCCACACCAUUCAUCGAGUGUAACGGAGCUCGCGGAACAUGCCAUUACUUCGCCAACAAGUUCUCCUUCUGGCUCACAACUAUUGAGAACGAUCAAGAAUUCAAGAUCCCUGAAAGCCAGACCCUUAAGUCUGGAAGCCUUCGUACUCGUGUAUCUCGUUGUCAAGUCUGUAUCAAGAACACCGAUGCUGGCAGAUACUAA